AAAUUUAGUUGAUUAAUUCUAGGUGACAGAUCCGGGGAAUGGGAUUUUAGGUUGGUUGGGAGACCGUCGAAUUUGCAAGCAGAAAAACCCCUUUAUACAUUAAAUUUUGUAAAGCCCCUCAAAUACAAACAUGUCGGCUGCUCCCGUUCGAGUCUCUCCCGUAAUAAAGUUUUUCAGAUGGAGUUUUUUGGGUACCGGGGUAGUAUAUGGAGCAUUUCACCAAAACAGGCUAUCAAAAAAAGAAGCUGCUAUCCGUGAAGUUGAAACCAAACAGAAAGCUAUUCGUGAUGCAAAACUAGCUGCUGAGAAGAAGAUAGCAUCCGACAAGGAGAUUAAAGAACUAGAAGAAAUGGCCAAGUAGGAGUGGUUUGCAUGUGCAGAUUGGUAGUGAUAAGUAACAUAAAAGUGGCUUUGUUAUUUAAAAAUACAUAUAAGUUCUAAAUCCUUAACAGAAAA